UGAAAGGCAUAGGUUGGGAUGCUGGGAAAUUCUGUUGCAUUACAGUAAGAGGUGGUUCUGAUGUUUUGUCCAGUCCAUUUAUGUCACUGAUGGUAAACAAAAUAUUAGAAACACUUGUUCACUGACAAGUGUAGUGGCUGUGGUGUUGUGGCAAAUCUAAAACACAGAUGUAAUUACAAGCAUAAACAAUAAGUAUCAUUAUAGAAGCAGUCAUUAUAGAAGACAACACACAAUACACUACUACAAUAAAUAUGUGUUUGUCAUAUUAAAGGGCAAUUUGCCCUAACGCAUGCAUUUAUGAUGGAUUUUUGAAGAUGAGAUGAUUCCAGAUGGAGAUACAGUCAUAGUCCCAAUGCUGAUGGUGGUGAAGUUAAAAGGCAGUGACAUGAUGAGGAGGAAGAUGUAUUAUAUGUAAGAAGGUGGUGCUGGAUCCCCAACUGGCUGCCAUCAUGGUGUCCCACUUCUCAGAGCCAGCUACACACUGCAGAGGACAUGAUGCUGAGAUGUGUAGACAGUGCUUUCUCCAGACAGUACAUCCCCAUCUCCAACGGCAACCAGCUGUGGACCCUGAUCUUUAGCAGAGACAGUGUCAAAGACAAAACCCCUGUGGUUCUGCUCCAUGGAUUUGGAGGUGGCGUGGGCCUUUGGGCUCAGAACCUGGAUGCUCUCUGUCAGCGCCGGCCCGUCUUCGCUCUGGACCUGCUGGGCUUCGGUCGGAGCAGCAGACCCCUGUUCCCUUCAGACGCCCAGGAAGCAGAGGACCAGUUUGUGGAGUCUAUAGAGCAGUGGAGGGUUAAAAUGGGUCUGGAGUCCAUGAUACUGCUGGGACACAACUUGGGAGGAUACCUGGCUGUGUCAUACUCCAUCAAAUACCCGGGCAGAGUAAAGCACAUACUCCUGGUGGAGCCCUGGGGGUUUCCAGAGCGCCCGGACACAGCAGAAGCCGACCGCCCCAUCCCGGUGUGGAUCAAAGCCCUUGGGGCCAUGUUCAGUCCCUUCAACCCCCUGGCUGGCUUACGACUGGUUGGACCACUGGGUCCCACUCUGGUCCAAACUCUGAGACCGGACUUCAAGAGGAAGUUCUCGUCCAUGUUCAGUGACAACACUGUGUCAGAGUACAUCUACCACCUGAACGUGCAAACCCCCAGUGGAGAAACAGCUUUUAAGAAAAUGACCAUUCCCUACGGCUGGGCUAAGAGACCAAUGCUGCACAGGAUGGACCAGCUGCAGCCAGAGAUCCCCAUCACCAUCAUCUACGGCUCCCGCUCCAGCAUAGACAGCAACUCAGGCAGCACCAUCAAAGAGAUGAGACCACACUCUCAUGUGGAAAUCAGAACGAUCCGUGGAGCCGGACACUACGUGUACGCUGACCAGCCAGAGGACUUCAACCACCAAGUUUUGCAAGUGUGUGAUAAAGUGGACUGAGGAGAAGACGAGCAGGUUUACUGAACUCUGGAGAAAAAGGGGAGCACCACUGAUGUGCAUCAGUUUAGCAGCGGGUGUAGAAGCACAGGAUGCCACUGUACCGUGGCAGGAAUAAGUGUUUGAACUUGAAAAUAUUCUAAAAAGAGCAGUAAUCUGAAUUUGACUCAUUCACACAUGACACGCUGAUGUUCUCGGUACAUCAACUGACCAGUGCCUCAGUCCCAUUCUUAGAAACUUGGUGAAUACAGGCUUUGAGAUGAUAUCAUUGAUCAAGUCCCCUAUUUAAUGCUAUUUACAGCAUCCCCACACUGAUGAAAUGGGCCUGCAUCACAUUAUAUAUAUAUUUUUAAAUGACAUUCUGUCGCACAAACACACAUGCUCACAAAUGGCCUCUUUUAAAUGCAGUGGAGAAAUGGACCAAAAAAAAAAAAAAAGAAAGGAGGCAAUUUUGAAAUUCAGAUAUUCUGCUGAACACACAACCAACCACAAAGCCUCAGUGUUCAUACGUGGCCUUCAAUAGCUCCUGUCUUUGCCUGAUCCAAACAUGUAGAAAUAUUUUCUUAAGUUUAUUUUUUAAUAAUGUAAAAAUCUUUCAAAGGUAAACUGAUAAUAUAUUCAUAUUGUUUGUAUAUACUGGGUAAAUAUAAAUGUAACAUUUUGUGAGAUUCAUUUAUAAUAUAUACAAUAAUAUGAUAAAUAUAAUAUCAGAAUUAGUUCACCUUAAAUGAUAUCAGACUGAAACAGAAACAGCGGAGUGUGUUGUUGUUUCCUGUAUACUGCUUUAACCUGUGGUUUGUGUGUUUUUCCUCGUACAGACAGGAUGUGCACUCUUCAGUAUAUAGUGCCACUGCUUCAGCCCCAGGAAGCAGCUAAUUAGUAAAAUUCAUCUGCUGCCAGUCUAUUGUGUAGCGUCUGCCCUCUGUGAUUGUUCUUGGCUUUGCCUUCUAACUGAAAUUUUCAUUUCAACUGCAUUAAUUGUGAAUGUGAAUAAACCCAGAUUAGCUGUAGUCUAAGGCAGAAACAGUAAAUUGAAAUCUACAAGACACGAGCCUUUUGUUUGGCUGUUUUUUUUGUAUAGAGUAUAGAGUGUGCUUGUGUGACAGUGUGUCAUCAUAGAGGUGCCAUAGCCUGCUGCACAACAGCGAUCCAUACAGUAUUAUUGUAACAAUGGCUGCCUGAUGAUAUGAUACAUGAUAUUUAGCUUUGUUUAUUUAUGUAAUGAUUUUUUUUCUUUUUUUUUUUUUUCAAAGCCUCAAUAUUACAUUAAGUUUCCAAAUGGAGUUUGACCCAUACUAGGAACUAAAGAGUCAGGAUGUGUCUGACUCUGCUGCUUUGAGUUUAACCGUUUUUUCUUUGUUUUUUACCCUUAAUCUGUUUCUCACAAGUCCCCUAAUUUAAUAGAAGUGCAAUACAAAAUCACAAGUUUCAAUGUAAAUUGAAAUAAUGAACAUAUUAAAGCAAACAGCGGAAAGUCUGCUAAGCCUCCUAUUGUAAUCAAUGGACUCGAAUGCCUCUCUACCUCUUCUGGUGCUAGUUUUGAAAGAAUACAUCUAGACCUAUCUAUCUUUUUUUUCUUUUUUUUUUACAUAGGUGAUUUCCUGAAAUGCUCUAAUGUAAUCUGUGUCAAUAAUAUAAAAGGCAGAGACGAGACGUAGGAUGUCACCUUGAUGUCACCUUAAGUCUUUCACAGAUGUUCUUGGACAAUGUGUCUGUACAGCAGCGUUAAUAUCAGAGCUAAUUUGUGACAGGGAAACAGGACUUUGUAUUUUUUCUUGAGCCAGUUGCUUAUUGGUGAUUGUAGACAUGUAAAAAAUCUUGUAUUGCACAAAUGAUUUUGCUUCCAAAAAAAAAAAGCUCCCUCUUCUAACAGCUCUCUUGUUUCUACCUAUUUCAA